UAAGUAGUAAGCCUUCCACUCAUUGAAGUCUCACACUCCAACACAGUAGGUGGCGGUAAUGCACCUCAAGCUGGUUUGCCACCCGCCAUUAAACGAAAAAGAAGAAGAAGAAGAAGAAGAAGAAGGAGCAAAACGAAACACCAGCAAGAGGACUGAAAUUCACAGCAAUAUGGAUUAUGUUUUAAGAACAGUUAUGUUUGCAUUAGUUAUAUGCGGUGUGUUUAGUGCUGAUGAAGUUAAAGUGAAGUCAGUGAUGGAGGGAGAUUCUGUCACCUUAAAUCCUGAUAUUACUCAAAUACAAAGAAUAAAUCAGAUAAAGUGGAUGUUUCAAAAAAAGGGAUCCAACGCUGCUGAAAAUAUUCGGAAUGUGGAGAUACUGCAAGGCAGAUUGGAGAAAAAUGAUCUGACUGGAUCUCUGACUAUCAACAACAUGAGAACCAAACACUCUGGGCUUUACACACUUGAGAUUGACCACGAUAAUGGGACCAAUAAUGCAAGUUUUAACGUUACAGUCAAUGAAGUUCCAUCUGUUAUUGAAGCUCAUAAAGCUGAAAUAAAGAUCUUGACAGUGAAAAAGGGAGAACCACUCUUUCUAGAGACUGAUGUUACUGAAUUUCACGGAGAUGAGCUGAUUGUGUGGAGGUUUGGAGAUGAAGGAAAACUCCUGGCUAAAGAAGAUAAAGAGACCAAGAGUUCACCAUAUUAUAAUGCUGAUGAAAGAUACAAAGGCAGACUGCAGCUGAAUGACCAGACUGGAUUUCUGACCUUAGACAAGAUGAAAGACACAGAUGCUGGAUAUUAUACAGUGAGGAUCAGCAGCAACAAACAGACAACAUACAAGAAAUUCGCUGUUAAUUUUACUGGGUUUAUCAUUUCAGGUUCAGUUGUGUCUCCUAGUGCUGGAGCUAUUAUUGCUCUGCUGUUGGUGAUUGCAGUUGUAGCUGGAUUGGGUGUUCUUUAUUACCGCCGCAAGAUCUCUGAACUACAGGAACAUGUGGUGGGCACAUUAAAAUUCACGGAAGGAGAGUCUGUUUAUCUUCACACCGGUCUUACCAAACUACUGAAAGAAGAUCUAAUAUUAUGGAAGCUUGAACCUAAAAAUGCUCUAAUAGCUAAGAUUAAUGGAACAGAAGAUCAGAGGAAACAGACCCCCUACUAUCCUGAAAGCGAGGCAUUUAAAGGCAGACUGCAUCUGAAUGAUAAAACAGGAGAUCUCACCAUCACAAACACCAAAAGCAGCAGCUCUGGAGUCUAUGAGCUACAGAUAAAUAGCAGCAAUAAGGUUUCGUACAAGAAAUUCAACAUUCUUGUUUGGCCUGUAAAUACGCUGAACUAUACAGUUGGAGAUUCUGCCACCUUGCAAACUGGUGUCACUGAGCUGAAGAAUGAUGCUCGGAUACUGUGGAAGUUUAGCGAUACAUACAUUUUCAUUGCUGAGCUUAGCGGAGCCACCAAUCACCACAAAUUAUAUGAUGGUCCAGAUGGGAGAUUCAGAGACCGACUGCAGAUAAACCAGCGAACUGGAGAUCUGACCAUCGGGAACAUCAGCCGAGCACAUUCAGACAUUUAUACACUGGAAAUCACCAGCGGCAAAAACAUCACAUGCAGGAGAUUCAUGGUUGUUGUUCAUGACAAGACCAUAUCAGGGGAAGUUGGAGAUUCGAUCACGCUAGCCCCGGAAACUGAAAUGCAAGUCGGCGAUCUGAUAAUGUGGAUGUUUGGACCUGAAGACCGCCUCAUUGCAAAAGGAGAGAUGAAUGCACAAGGUUUCUGUACACAAGAUGACGCUGUAGGGAACAUCACUCUGGAUCAAACAGGAUCUCUGAUCAUCACAAACAGCACAACCGAACACUCUGGAGUUUAUAAACUACUGGUCAUCAGCAUCCGAGAGACCAAACACAAGAGAUUCAGAGUUGCAAUACAUGAGAGAAAAGAAAAUGUAGUGGUUGAGAUGGAGUCGAUGCCCUUGAAAAAUUAACAGCCACAGUGUUUAGUGACACUGUCACAUCAUUACUUACUUCCUGGGCCAUAUGUACGGAAGUUGAUAUUUAGCUGCACCAUAUUGGUGUUUCGUAACAUCUAGUUUUUAUGAGGUGGGUUAUUAGCCCAAAUCUCAACCCCCAAUCUGGAGAACCAGGGCAUAUACACAUACACUUCAAACAAUUAAGCUUACCCAGUUCACACUACAACACAUUUCUUUGGACUGUGGGGGAAACCAGGUAUGUGUUUGUCUCUCUCUCCCUCUCUUUUCGUCUCUUUUCCAACUUCUGCUUGAAGUCCCUCGGUCAAGAUACAAGCAGUGGGGUGAUCGCUCUUUUGCAGUGGUAGGUCCUAAACUCUGGAAUACCCUUCCUGCUGAGAUUCAUAAAAUCACUGACCUGCCACUUUUAUAGCCAAGCUUAAGACCCAGUUGUUUAAAUCGUCUUUUAAUGAACAGCACUGACAUUUUUUUAUGUUUUAAGUGAAGUUUAUAUAUAAACUAAUUUCAAAAGGAUCACAUGCUUAUGAUUGCUUGCGGCCAGUCACGCAUUAUUCAAUGUAUGAUUCCCCAAUCAGACGAUUCCUAAGCCAGUAUAAAUACCCUAAGUUCCAUACAGUCAUCUUCGUUUUGAAGAAUCCCCCCUUCCACCUACUACUCCUCCUCCUUUUCUAGAUGGGUGGC